CAUAGACCUGUCUACAUGCACCUAUAUCUAUACUUACAUAGACCUGCAUAAAUGUACGCAUCUAGACCUAUCUAAACGUACAUAUAUGCGCUUGUACAGACGUACCUAAAUGUAUAUACGAAAAUACGUUUAUUUUAUUUUAUUUUUUUUUUAAGUUCCCGCUUCACACUUCAGCGUGGAAGUAACAUGGGGCAGGUGGCCAGUUCACAUAUUCAGCGACCUUCCCAUCCGCAUACUCACAUACGUCACCGUUACCAGAUCGUCACCGUCGCUUCAUCGGACCAGCAGUGUAUCCACAUCCUCCAAGAACCUCUUCGGAUACAGACGCGUGUUCGCUUUCGGGAGAAACGCGAUUUCGAAAUUUCAUUUUGUUGUUUUUUGUUGUCUUUUUCCCAGCGUUUUUACAGGUCCAAGAUCUAUCGAAACGAUCUGUUCGAAUGUUUUUUUUUAAUUGGGAGGGAGAGAGGAGGAUAUGCGUGACGUGUAUGUAAUGUGAUAGUUGUAAUAUAAUAGUAGUUUGAUUUGAAUAUAUAUUUUUUUACAAUACGCAAGAAGAAAACGAAAGAGGAAAAAAAAGGAAGAAAAAAAAAAAAUUGCCGAGAUGUCUGUCAGCAAGAAAUCGAUCUCAUCCAUCUCGGGAUCUAUCAGCGAGAAGGGAGCGUCCCUCAGCAUAACAGGAGUCGAGGAGGACGUGAAAGCAGGCAAAAAGGGCCUGAGUACCGGGAUGACCUCCUUCUUCCUGGUGGCACAGAUGGCCGGCGCUGGAUUCCUGGCACUGCCCCGGGCCCUCGCUGACACUGGCUGGUUUGGUAUCGCCAUGAUGACCAUAUUCUGCGUGAGUGUAGCUUUCUCUGGCACUCGCCUCGGCCGCUGCUGGACCAUCCUGGAAGAGAGGUAUCCAGAAUACUCGCAGCCAGUGAGACAACCAUACAUGGAGAUCGCCUAUAGAUCGAUGGGAUUAGCAGGGAGACGCGCCGCCUUGGCUUCAGUCGUGAUAAACUUAUACGGAAGCACUACCGUCUUCAUCAUUCUCAUCUCGCAAAUGAUUUCUUCCCGCGAGAGUGUCCUUUCUCUGUGCGAACUCGUGCUGAUUGUUGGAUUUCUCAUCAUCCCUCUCACCUGGUUGGGGACGCCGAAGGAUUUCUGGCAGGCUUCCGUGUUGGCAGUGGUGUCAACGGUGGUAGCGUGUGUUGUCAUCAUCGUCCAGAUCCUACUGGAAGCACCCAACCUUCCAGAACCCGUGUUCGACAAUCCUACAGUGUCAUCCUUCUCCUUGGGUUUCGGGGCCAUCCUGUUUUCCUUCGGCGGGUCGGCUGUGUUCCCGACCAUCCAGAAUGACAUGCAGGAUCGGACUCAAUUCUGGAAGAGCGUCGUUGUGGGCUUUGCAGCAACUAACCCCUUUUCCCAACGCUUCUCUCUCCCUCUCUCCCGCACAGUGAUCCUCUCCCUGUACGUCCCUGUGGCGUCUGUGGGUUACAGCAUCCUCGGGCAAGAUGUCGAGAGCAACAUCUUGCUCUCUGUACCCAAGGGCGUGGCUGUUAAUAUCGCUAUCAUUCUGGAAAUUAUCAAUCUUCUCAGCACUUUCAUCAUCAGCUUCAACCCUGUGGCGCAGAGUCUUGAGGAUAUUCUGAACGUUCCUAAUAAAUUCUGUCUCAAGCGCGUGCUACUUCGAUCCUCUAUGGUGAUGCUGCAGAUGCUCAUUUGUCUCGCUGUACCGGACUUCGGCCUGAUCCUUAACCUGAUUGGCGGAUCUUGCAUCACUCUGUGUACGUUCGUGUUCCCUCCCAUCAUGUACAUAAGGCUUAUGGACAUGGAGGGGGAGCCCAGCUGGCCCAAGAGAAAGCUGCCUCUUUGGGAGCGAGUUUACCUGAUAGAGAUCCUGAUCGUCGGCGUCGUUGGCGGGAUUUGCUCCACUGUCUCGGCUGUCAUCGCCAUCUUGGACCCGGCUGGCUUCCAGAAAAAUUGCUUCGUCAACUUUUUCGAUCUUUUUUAAAAGGUCUGCGGGCUGAAAAUAAUAAAAAAAAAAAGAAAGAGAGAAAAAAUGAAAUAAUUGGUCGAUUUUUUAAAAAAUAAUUUUAAAGGUAUUCAGUCUUAGCAUAUAAAAAGGAAAAGUAUAUAUGUAUUGUAAUGAAAUCCAAGUCUUCAGUCUGAGUAUUGAAAAAUAUGUAUAAUGAUAAUUUUACUUGGAUAGAAACUUUGAGUGUAAAAAAAAAUAUAUUCUUUUAGACUUA